AUGACUUCCUCCAAUGUGAAACCACUGAUGAGUCCUGUCAACGAAACUGAAAUUGUAGUCUCUUUUGAACUACACAAUCUACAACAAAACCAUGAAAGGACACUAAGAAGCAUUAUAAACAAAUACAAAGAUAAAACUGAUGCUGAAGUACAUUUGAAAACUAAUGAUGACAUACAUAUCUAUUUCUGUGAAGGCAGCAGGAGUGUAUCAAGCUCUCUGUCAUCUUUAUGUACAGGUUCUGAAGACAGAGAACAAGAUCUGAAGUAUUUGAUUCAAAUGGGAUUAAUCAAAUCUGAACAAGGCAGGAGAACAACAUAG